AUGGCUACAACGAUCGUCAAGCCGCCCAAUUCUACCUACACAUUUUCCAGUCAACCAAAAGCAGUGCAACAACGAAAAAAAUAUCGAGAACCAACAAUAGGUCUUCAAGAUGAGAUGGGAAAUUUUGGAAAUAUUAUGUAUGAUCGUCGUAUUAUUCGUGGAAACACAUAUGCAUUGCACACGCUACCAGCACAUGCUCAACCCGAUCCAAUUGAGUUACAACGUCAACAAGAAGCAAAACGUCGAGCUUUAGCUCGAAGAAAAGCCCGUGAACAACUUCGAACGCGAACACCUGAACCUGUACAUGGACGAAAACAUAUUGAUGUUCAGACAGAAUUAUAUUUAGAAGAGUUAAGUGAUCGUAUUGAAGAAGCGGAUGUUGAAAUUCAAACCGAUGCAUUUCUCGAUCGUCCACCAUCGCCACUAUUUAUUCCACAAAAAACAGGCAAAGAUAUAACAACACAAAUUGAAGCUGGAGAUUUAUUUGAUUUUGAUUUGGAAGUAAAACCAAUCGUCGAAACUCUAACUGGUAAAACAUUAGAACAAGCUCUCAUCGAAGUAGCUGAAGAAGAAGAAUUAGCCGAAAUUCGUGAACAACAACGUGAAUAUGAAGAAAUGCGUAAUGCUGAAAUGAUUGAAUUGCAACGCCUUGAAGAACAAGAACGACGACUAAGGGCUGAGAAAGAACGUCGUAUGAAACAAGCAAAAGAUGCAUUACAACUGGAACAAGAAAUACAACAGAAAAUCGCAGCAAGAGCAUUUGCAAAGUCUUAUUUACAAGAUCUUGUGCCUAGUGUAUUUAAUAACUUAAGAGAAAAUGGAUACUUUUAUGAUCCAGUCGAACAUGAAAUUGAAAUUUCAUUUAUGCCAUGGUUGAUGGAUCGUACGAUGAAACAAGUAAAUCAACUUGUUAUGGGACGUACGUUAUUAGACUCAAUUAUUCGAGAUGUAGUGUCAAGACGAACUGAUGAUUAUGAAAAAUUAGAAGAUAUUUUAAGACAAACAAUACUGAGUGGUGUAGAUAUGGGAACAUCGACUGGAGAUCAACAACAACCAAUAAUCGAAGAUGAACAACAACAAAAUGAAUCAGAUAUUAAUGCGAAUGCAGCUAUAAACGAAGAAGCUGAAGAACGAGAAGAUGAACAAAUUCCAGAAGAAGAAGCAGAACACUAA